AUGGCGGCAAUGAAUUCGAACCCUACUGGGAAAGCUGAAGGCGACAUUUCCGAUUCAUUUGCCUCCCUCUCGGGGAAACCAGCACAGCCCCUACCAGACCGCUUCCGCGAACUCAAGCUCCGCCUCGUGGAUGGCCAUGAAGACGCCGUCAUCGCCAGCUGGGAACGACUCCUCGUAACCCUCAGAAAGGAGAACGAGCUCAUCUCCCAGGCCGGCCCGGCCAUCAUCCCCGAAGUCCGCUUCAGCCACCUUCACGAGGACCUCCGCGCCCUGCGGGACGAAAUCAAGAAGCGCGGUGUGGCGGUCAUUAGGGGUGUUAUCCCCGAAGACGAGGCACGCGCCUAUAAGUUCGAGAUCGAGGAAUACGUCCGGCAGAACCCACACACCAGAGGCUUCCCGCGGAACCAACCGCAAGUCCUCGAACUGUACUGGUCUCCCUCCCAGAUCCGCGCACGGAGCCACCCUGCCCUUUUGAAAACACAGGUCGCUCUGAUGACGAUGCUAUGGCACGUCUCGGAUCCUUCCGCGGCCAUCUCCCUGCACACGCCGCUGUGCUACGCCGACCGCCUGCGCAUCCGCCAGCCAGGCGACGUGGCCUUCGCGCUGGGCCCGCACCAGGACGGUGGCAGCGUCGAGAGAUGGGAGGAACGCGGGUACGGGCGUGGCGGGGUGUACGACGCCGUCUUCUCCGGGCAGUGGGAGAACGGAGGAGGGUACGAUCCGUUCGACGCGGCGCCGCGGGUGGGUGCGGUCACGGAUUUGUACGGCGGGCUGGGCGCGUGCAGCAUGUUCCGUAUGUUCCAGGGCUGGCUGGCCAUGAGCAGGGCUGCGCCGGGGGAGGGCACGCUGCUGGUGAAUCCGCUGGUGAAGGAGACUGCGGUGUAUGCGCUACUGAGGCCUUUCUUUCGGGCGAAGAGGGCGUUGGAGGGGGUUGGUGGGGAGAAGGAGAUGGAGAGGUAUUUGGAGGGCGGGAACUGGGAGUUUACGGCAGGGGAGAAGAUGACGAGUGAAUUGCAGGGGGCCGUGCCCGGGUGUGGGCAGGAGUUCCCGCCGGGCCUGCAUCCGCAUUUGGAGCUGGAGAGGACAAUGGUGCAUAUGCCGGAGGUGCGGCCGGGCGAUUACGUUGUGUGGCACUGCGACACUAUCCACGCCGUCGAUAAGAAGCAUAAGGGAGCUUCGGACUCCAGCGUCUUAUACAUCCCUGUAUGUCCGACCACCAAGGCCAGUGCGGAAUAUGUCGCCCGGCAGCGGACCGCGUUCCGUCAAGGGACUCCUGGCCCGGAUUUCCCCGGUGGUGAAGGCGAAUCGCGACAUAUUGGUCGAGGCACCGAGGAGUACAUGAAGAAGCAUUGCGAUCCUCUGGGCGUCCGGGCAAUGGGCCUCGAAAGAUUGACAAUCGUGGAUGGGGAUACUGUAGGGGGCGAGGCCGUGGUUCAACAGGCAAACGCUGUUCUGGGAUUCUAG